GGUGUGUCAACUUCAACUUGUACACUCAGCAGAAUACUGUAAGUGUACUGUGUUGUGUACGUGUUGUACUGUGUGGAGCUUCAUCAUGUCUGUCAAAUGUCGCAAAUGGGUCCUCAAGAGCCACUUCUGUGGUAUGCCCAAGAGAGAAGACCUUGAUAUUGUGGAGGAAGAGCUGCCACCACUCAAGGAUGGAGAGUUCUUAUGUGAAGCUGUCUGGUUGUCAGUGGACCCCUACAUGCGUCCAUACACUAAGAACUUUCCACCGGGCAGCUCUAUGAUUGGAGGUCAAGUUGCUAAAGUCGUUGAGAGCAGAUCAUCCAAUUACUCUGUCGGAGAUCUGGUGGUGGGUAACUAUGGUUGGCGCACACACACAGUAGUCUCCGAUUCUGUUCCUGAAGCAGCUGGCGGAAGAUCAAAGCUCAGCCCCACUCUGUACAAGGACAGGGAGUCCACGGCUGUAGGUGUACUAGGAAUGCCUGGAGCUACUGCCUAUUUUGGGUUCCUGAAUCUUUGCACACCCAAAGAGGGAGAGACGUUGGUGGUCAAUGGUGCUGCUGGAGCUGUGGGCUCUCUUGUCGGGCAGAUUGCCAAAAUUAAAGGCUGCAGGGUAGUAGGAUUUGCUGGCAGUGAUGAAAAAGUGGAAUAUGUCAAGGGACUGGGAUUCGAUGAGGCGUUCAACUACAAGACCAUGGGGUCUAUGAGUGAAACACUGAAGAAGGCUUGUCCCAAAGGCAUCGACUUGUUCUUCGAUAACGUUGGUGGUGAGUGGUUUGAGACUGUACUUGCUCAGAUGAAUACAUUUGGACGAGUAUCUAUCUGUGGUGCUAUCUCUCAGUACAAUGCAGAAGAAAAACCAAAAGGUAACUAUGUGUCCCAGCUUAUUCUGGGUCAUCAGCUCAAAGUUGAGGGAUUCAUCGUCUUGAGGUGGAUCAAAGAGUGGCCAGAAUGCUUCAAGCAAAUGAGCCAAUGGAUUGCAGAGGGGAAACUUAAGUAUGAAGAAACUGUCACAGUGGGAUUUGACAAUAUGUUUGAUGCUUUCCUUGGGCUGUUCACUGGAGCGAACAUAGGAAAGGCAGUCGUCAAAGCCUGAGCACAUAUUGUGUUUGUUUAGUGUGACUGACGUUUCUAAUACGUGUCGUUAAAAAUAUUUAUGUCUAGCUGUACAUGAGUGUAGAUGCACAUCAUGGUGACCACAACUAAUUUGACCAACUAAAUUUCUAUUUGGUUUUGACAUUGUAGCUUAUAUACCUACAUGGCAAUGAGUGCAAUGCCAUAAGUUACUGCAUUUGCGAGGUCAAAAGGCAACAAAUGUGCAUGUACUAUUAUUUGUGGGUUUGUUGGUGGCCAGUGGGUAAAGCACUCGACUCAAGAUCACAAGGUUGAGAGUUCGAGCCCCAUCAGUAGCAGAAAAAUAUUUUGCAAGGAGUUCACUUAUUGGUUUGCCCUGAAAAAUGAGUAGGUGUCCACUACUGUCUGGAUGUAAAGCCGGACGCCCAGAGAUUUGACUCGACAAGCUUGAAGCUUACUUUAGACCCUCGUUAGCUACUACAGUGGUGAAACCUAAUAGGGGUGUCGUAAAGAAAAUGUAGUAACCAUACAUGGAAGCAAAGGUAGUUAUGAUAGUUAUAAAUGAGAACAUAAAACAUACACAAUGAGGCAAUCAGAAAUUCAGGAUGUGGGUUUCUACCAGGGAGGCAUUUAUUGCUAAAAAUAGAUGUUUUGGAUGAUGUCAAAAUGUUAUGUUUCUGGGCAUGCGCAAUAGGCAGAAUCUGACCAAUCAGGGUGCAUAUUUCGCAAUAUACGCAUAGCAACGUUGACCACAAAACAACGUUGCGGUUACGACCAGUUCAGUCCAGAACAAACAAGUUGGAACCAGACGUUGUUUUCACGUCACGGUUAGUAUAUAAAUGCCAAGCACUGUCUUGAAGUACAACUAAGGACCACUCUGGACACGAAGAGUAAAUCGCCAGGCGGCUAGGCGCAUGCUUAGCGGCAGAUUCGACUACCGUGGCGCUCAAGAAAAGGAUCAUGGAGCGCUGAGCUAAGAUAGCUUAUAUUCAAGGGUCUUCUGGUACUAGGGCACAGUGAUUUCAGUGUACUACUCCCUUUGGUGCGGCAUGUUUUCCAGUUCACCAUUCCAGUCGUGUGAUGGGUCAUUGAUAGCCUAGUCUCAAUGUAAUGUCAAAUUAGACAAAAGAGGCUUAAACACACAAAGUAAAAAAAGGUAAAUAAUCUGUGAUUCAAGCGGUCAAAAAAACCAUAGACUUGCUACUCAAUAAAAUAAUAGUUCAAUGUAACAGUGUUAAUAUGCGCUAAUGAUGCUAAUGUUGAAAUAUUUGCGGAAUUGAAACCUAAGAGGUGGUUGUAUGGUGUUUUGCCAACUUUCUUUGUGUAGGUAACCCAACCCGUAGUGUAUUGUGGUAUCUAAGGAGGAAGAACCCUAUCCUGUUGUACCUGGUACCAAGAAGCGUAAAUUUGUAACCUGGUAGCCACAGCCUUCCUGGCAGGUCAGACAUCAGAAGAAUGCGGCUUCCUGGUAAAACCUGUUUGUCUGCCAAGUAUAACUUCCUAACAUAGGCAUCAUUCUAAACAAUGUAACCACAUGAUAAGAACAUAGUACAAACAGCUGUCUGGACAUUCUGAUAAUGGGUUCAUUGUGUUUUCUGCGUGCCUGCAUUUCGCUUUGUCUUUGUCAUUGGUGUAUCUUGAUGUGUCAACAUAAGGUUGUUCAUUGUGUCGCUAAUAAUUAUAGCUGAUAGCUAGUUCCAAUUCGAAUGUUUUCCCUUCCACAUAGCAGAGAAGUGGCUGUCAAUCUGUCCAAGGGACUUGUUCAAUGGUAUAACUAUUUGUUUCACUCUUAGUAUCAAGUAGGUAUUUGUAUUGGAUCAUUUCCUUGUGCAUGUGUGCUUCUUAAAUAGUUUACCCACAGUACAUACAAGGUCAAUAUGUCUAUGAGAAGGUUGCUCGAUAGCUGAUAUUCUACGCUCUGUAAGUCGAUAGUUUGUGCUUAUCUACCUAACGUAUAUUGUAUUCGAAGGAAAUACGAUUACAAGCCACCCAUCAAAAAUAGUUGUUGCGAUCGAAUUCACCAUUGGGAAAUCAACUGUGUACCAUAGUUUAAUUAUGUGACCCGACUUGAUGCUACUUGUCUUGUGGAUCAAUCAAAGUGUUUCCAUGGAGUAUCCAGGCAACCAUUCCGAUAAUUAGUUGUGAGUUCAGUAUAUUUAUUCAAGAAUAUAGAAAUUGAAUCUUCACCUGCCCUUGCUACUAGAAGCCAUGCUUAUGUUUCUUCUUCAUUGUGUAUGCAUUUGUAAUAUCCAAUAAAUAAACCAGCCCUUGUUAGAAAACUAUAAUUGUUUCUUUUAGUUCAUGAUUCAUUGUCAGGAAUUGAUGGAAAAGGUGUUGCUCAAUAGAAGGUCUGUGUGCAAAUGAGUUGCCUGUUUUGCUGGGAGGAUAAGAAAAAAUUGGCCAAGAGUCAUGUACAAGUAUAAUUAUAGGGUACAUCUAUUUCUGUACAAACAAAAACAUUUGGUAUUCUUUUUUUAGACAGUAACAAGCAAAAAACGCAUCCUGUCCUCAAGUAAUACCGGAGUCUAUUUCGUAAGGUAUUCUCACCAUAAAUUGUAAUGUAUAAAUCCCUGUACAAGACCCAUCAAUCGAGAUUUCCUGUUCCGUGCAUUUUUAAAGUCCUUACCUGAUACUACAAUGUCACAAAUUUUCACACUCUACCCAACCCAUUCAACACCCUAGCUAUGGUAUGUGCCAAACCAUUUAUUAACCCCUAACAAGAUUUCAUUCCAAGAACACAAGGACUUGCAAGCAGAGUGCCGCGUAAUUCCACCUGAAAAACAAAUCAGUAUUAGUAAGUCUUAAGUAUUGUUGCUCCUUAUGGUCCACAAUUGUUUCUUUUGCUCGAAAUAAGUACAUUUACAAGCAACUUCUGGUUUGGCAAGUCAGCAUGCAGUAUUCUGUGAACAGUAAAAUAUAUGGUGUGCCUGGUCAUUACAAGAUUCGCCUAAUGCAAUAGUAACCUGAGAUCCACGAUCGUAAGCUUUUCCCUCAGUGUGUGAUUCGAUACGGCCAUAAAACAACGACUCACAGUUUGGUAAUGUUAAAAGAAUUGUGUAUUGUUAUGCAUUUUCAAUUUAGGUCAUUCGCUAUUGGCUAAAUAUUAUACCUAACAAACCCUGGGUCCUGAGCAGCACUUGGGAUGUCAUUUGCAACCUUACUCCCUUUUCCUAUACCAAGCAAAGUAUCCAGAUCCAUAACAAAGCCGUAUCCCAUUGCAAAUCGCCUAUACCGUUGUGAGUUUCAAUACUGCUACGUUUAUUUCGCUACUAAGUAUUGAAUAUAAUAUUAUGUAUACCUCUACCGCAAAAUCCAAUAUUGUUACUGUCCAAUUUUCUGCUGUGCGUACUUUAUCAUGAUGUUUGUAAGCCAAAAUCUUGUUACUCGAAAAGGUCUGCUUUUAUCAAAGUUCCCAUAAUCAGAGAUCAUUGUCAAAUCAACCAUAGUUCAAUACGAAUGCUCCUGAUUGAUUCCUAUCUACUGUGAACAAAGUUUCAGAAAAUCAGAGUUGCUAGUAUCUCCUGUGUGCUCCCCAUUCAUCAACAAACAAAGGUUCCAGUAUUUCUAUCCCCCCAGCAUUUCAAGUAUGUAUUGUACCGAGGUUAGCUAGGAUGUAUGUUCUACAUAUAGUUUUUUUUAUGCUCAAGGAAACGUUCGCUUGUAAACAAGUUCUGGUUAUCUUUUAACAAGUCGCUUCACAGUACGUGUAUGAGUGAGUGGUAAAUGUCAUUGGAUUCUCGUAUGUAUACCACAAAUGUGUUCAAUUAAGUACCUUCUCCUGGUUUCCAUCAGUUAGUUUUGCUGUGUUUCAGUUGUUUCGUUCCGCAAGUUCAUGUUUCUCGAUAAGUUUAUGCAAGAAAAUCAUUUUUUCACAAGUCACUGUGCAGUAGUACGUAUGUUCAUCAAUAUACUUAGAUGUAUAAUGUAUGCCACAAAUCCUGUUUUGCUUUUCAAUUCCAAGAUUCUCCCAAGUUAUACUUACCGCAGUAGGGAAACAUGUUGUCCAAGUGAUUCCACUCGAUUCUCAAGUGUAUAGUAAGCAAUGGUUUUUCGAUUCAAGUAGUUAGAAUGUAUAUCCAACUAAAUAACGGUCUCCUUGAGAAAGCAUAACAUGCAAUAAUCAUAUUGUUUUUGUAUGUAUUCCACAAAUCCUGUUCUUUAUCAUUCAAGAUCCAAUUACCUCUACUAGAGUUCCGAACAUUUUUUCUCCUGAUUUCACCAUAUCUAAAAGUCUGUUAAAUUCGCCAUGUUACCAUUUUUUCCUCCCCCCUCAAGUUAUCUACUCGCGCAUUUUUCGAAAAAGCAUUCCUUCAAACUUUUAUUUGCAAGUCACUGUGCAAUACAUAAUAAUAUUAUGUGUAUGCCACAAAUCUUGUUUUUGCUUUUCAUUCCAAGAUUAUCUCAAGUCUUACCAAAGUAGGAAAACAAGUUGGGGAAGCUGAGCGUGAUUACAACUAAUUCUCUAUUGAGCAGUGUACAGGUCAGAUGUUCAGUUUAGCUAGGUUUUUCAUUCAAUUAGCUAUAUAAGAUGUACAUCCAACAAAAUGGUGUUCUUUUCAAAGCGUAGCAUCAAGCAAGCUCUAGUUGGUAGUGCGACGAGUGGUAAAUGUGAUGGAUUCUCUUACCUGUACAAUACGGUGUAGUGUAGUAGUGUAUGCUGUUCUACUUUUAUAGAAGUGAGAUUUGCCCCCAGAGUACUCUAGUAGUGUGAAAUUGUCGAGUUCAGCAUGAUUCAACAAAUCUUCUGUAAGGUCAGCGUUGUAGUGUUCCAGUAUUCUACCCCCCCCCCCUUCAGCAUCUUAUAAGUACAUUGUUUAUGAUCUACAAAUACUGUUUCUUUUGCGUAGAAAGCAUUCGUUUGCAAAAGUUCUAGUUUUCGAGUAUAAUUAUGAGUGAAUGGUAAAUGUGAUGGAGCCUCUUUAAUUCUAGCACUUUCUAUGCCACAAUCUUGCUCCCCUGUCAAAUGUCAUUAGAGUUCAACCAACGGUUCAAUUGGUUCCAGUUAACAGCGAACAAAGGUUCAGUAUUAAUUUAUGUCCCAGUACCAGCCUGUUUGUUAUUGUUCCAAAAUAGAUAUAUAUGUUCUACAAAUGGUGUUUCUUUUGUUUAAGAAGGUUGUUUGAGAUCCUUUAAAGCACCCAAGUACCGGUAGCGAUACAACUGAGUUCAGCUGAUUUUGAUUGGUGCCGUGGUAAACAAAGCUUCAUGUAAAAUUCCCCAAGUGGGCAAGUCACUGGUCAGUACACAAGUAUGCCCACUGUUAUUUAAUGUACUUAGAUAAGUAUGUGUAUGCCAUAAAUCCUUCCUUUCCAAGAUUCUCUUAACAAGUUGGUCGAGCUGAGCGUGAUUCCAACCGAUUCUCAUCGUUGAUUGAGCUUGUGAGGUCAGAUUUUCAGUUUACCUAGGUUUUCAAUUCAAUUAGCUAGGAUGUACGUCCAACAAAUGGUGUUCUCUUCUCCUUGAGAAAGCGUAACAUACAAGCAAGCUCUGGUUGUUCAUCUUAGUAUUGUGGCGAAGUCGCACAGUGAGUGGUUAUUAUUUAUAAUGGAUUCUCUUCUUUGUAGUGUUAGUUGUGUGUAUGCAAAAUAUCUUGCUCUACUUUCUAGAAGGUCAUUUCACCCGGAGUAUCCUAGUAUUGUGAAAUUGUCGAGUUAGCAUGAUUCCAGAUCGGUACUAUUGAACAAAGGUUCUAAAGGUCAGCGUUGUUGUGUUCAAGUAUGAAAAGUUAGCUAGGAUGUAUGAUCCACACAUACCAUUUCUUUUGCUCGAGCAAGGGUUAGGCUGCAAACAAGUUCUGUAACAAAUCGCUGUACAUAAAUUUGAGCAGUAACGCUAGGAUGGUACAUGUAUGUCCAACAAAUGGUGUUCUCUUCUCCUUAACGAAGUGUUUUACUUACAAUUGGAUGGUAUUGCGAUGAGUCACAGAGUAAUGAGUGAGUGGGUAAAUGUGAUGGAGCCUUUUGUGAUUCUAGUGUAGUUGUGUAUGCCACGAUAUUUGUUCUACUUUUCUAAAGGUCAUUUACGAUUCUAUGCCUGAAGUUAUCUGCUCAGCAUUAAUGCGAGGCGGCUGGGUUCAACAUGAUUCAAUUGGUUAAACAGCGAACAAAGGUUCAGUAGUAACUUUGCAGUAUGAUUAGAUGUAUGCAUGUUCUGCAAAAUAUGGUUUUUGUUUAAGAAGGUUUGUUCGAGACUCCUUUAAAGUACCCAGGUACCGGUAGCGAUACGUGAUUACUGUGGUAAACAAAAGUUCGUGCAAUUGAGAUCACCCAGCAUCCACAGGAAAAAAGCUUUGAUUGGCAAGUCACUGAAUGUACAAUGUCCGUCCAAAUUAAUGUAGUUGUAGGUGUAUUAAUAGAUGUGUAUGCCACAAAUUUGCUUUUUAUUUACAAGAAUCUUCCGGAAAAUAUAGUCGCCAUUAUUCUUCCACCCAAGUUUCUGCUUCACUACUACUACCCACAUGUAUAGCGUGCUGAAAUCUGUGGUCGUGAGUCCCUAGCUACACUCUUUAUAAAGAAUGAUCGAUUGCUUAGUUAUAGCGUAGGCUAUGUGCAUGCAUACAUGUACUUCUAUUUUUAUAUCAGAACGUGUGAUCUCAGCGCCUGAUGUGUUUGGUCUAAGAGACUCUACUAAUUAAAGACGCCCGACUGACAAGUACAGUACACAAUCGAUUAAAUUGGAGGUAAAGCCAGUUUGCGGUCAUCAUAUAGAAAUAGCUUUAGGCUGUAUAUAUGUAUGCAACAAAUCCUAUUAUCUCUCCUCAAGAAGGCACGCAAAGCAUCCCCUAACUGACGUGAGAUAUCAAUUCCCUAAAGAAAGUGAGUUAGUGUUGCCACCUUUCUCUAUUGUUCAGCCAUUCUAGGAUUUUAAUGACGCAAUGUUUCCGCUCCGAAAGUUUCAAAUUCUCCAAUACUUGUGAGUUUUUAAAUCAUUCACUGCUACUGUAGUUAGCGUAUAAUUAUUGUUGUACACAACAACUGCGGCAUUUUUGCAAAUACAUCAUAAAUAUUAAGCACCUUAGUUAUCGAUUAUGAUCAACUACCAUCCAUCUGCCUAUAUAAUUAGUAAGUUGUAUCUCGCCAGUCUUUGCCCUUGAUCAAUGGAUCUAGCCAUGCAGAUAAGAUUGUGUACAUGUUUCUAUUUUGAGAAAGGUAAUUUCGAGAGAUCCUGACAAAUUAAUAGGUUCUGCAAGCCCGUUGAGUAAAACUACAUUUCCUGCAAUGCAUCUUGCCCUACCUCCAUCCCGUCCCACACAAAAAUCCCUUGCGGUAUAUAAUUAUAUCAAAACUGUAUCGAAUGUCAGGCUGCAUAAUUCCUUUUUUUCUUUGCUAUAUAGUUUUAAAUGUCGAGCCUAGCGUGUUGUAUGUGAAGCGUAUAUCUUAGCAACAAGAGAGUAACAGAUCAAAGCAAUGAAAAGUGCGAGCAAUGUGUUCAAAGAACGUGAGGGGAUUAAUUCCGGUAAGGGUAACCGUGUACAAGUUAACAUGUUGUCUUCCAUCUUUAAAGCUAACAGUCCGGAUUUUUUCCAGUUAACAGCAAGCAAAGGUUCAGUAGUAACUUUGUCUUGGUACAUUAUUCCCUAACCCUGUUAGUGUUCCGGUUUAGCUAAAAUGUAUGUCCUACUACAAAUGGUGUUUCUUUUGUUCAAGAAGGUUAAAGUACCCAAGUCUGAUAAGUGAUACAAAGUUCAGCAUUUACUCCUGGUUUCGAUUGGUGCCGCGGUAAAAAAAAGUUCAUGCAGUUAAGGUCAGCUUAACCUCCACGAAUGCUUUGAGUAUGAUUGACAAUUCACUAAAUGUACGCCCAAAUGAAUGUAGUUGCAUUAUUAUAGGUGUGUAUGCCACAAAUUUUGCUUUUCUAUUUUCAAGAAUCUCCCGAAAAAUGUAGUCACCAUUGUUGUUGCACCUCUUAAGUUUCUGCUUCCAAGAAGAUAAUCCAUUAAGUAUCCCGGAAUCUGUAGUCUUGAGUGAGUCUAUAGAUUUUACACAUCAUCAUAGAGCUUAUAAUUAUAGAGUAGCGUAGGUUGUGUGUGCAUGUACUCCUAUUCUUAUAUCAGAACGUGUGAUCUCAGCGCCUAAUGUGUUUGGUCUAAGAGUCUCUACGAAUUAAAGAAGUCGACUGACAAGUACAGUACACAAUCGAUCAAAUUGGAGGUAACGUCUGUUUGCGGUCAUCCUAUAGUUUAGGCUGUAUGUACGCAACAUAUCGUUUUAUCUCUCCUCAAGACAAUACACAAAGCAAUCCUCAAACUGACAAGAAAGUUUAAGUGUGAGUUGGUGUUGCAACCUUUCUCUAUUGUCUUUUCGACUAUGAUCAACUAAUCCAUCUGCCUAACUUUAAGAUAUAAGAUAAAUUUUAUCACGCCAGAAAAUAUUGCCCUUGAUCAAUGGAACUAGCCAAUAUGGAACUAGCCAAUAGGAUUGUGUAUGCGAAAAUGUUUCUAUUUUGUGAAAGGUAAUUUCGAGUGGUCCUUAAUAAAGAUUGAACAUAAAGAGUUCUACAAGCCCGAUACCGUGCAGUAAACUAUGAAGGACAGCCUAUCCUAUCCCCGUCCCACCUUACAAAAUUCCCCCGAGGUAUUAUAAUCAAAAUUGUAUAUGAAGCGUAUAUUGUCUUAGCACAAGAGUAACGGUUUAAAGCAAUGGAAAAUGCGAGCGGUGUAUUCAAAAGGAUUGAUUCUGGUAAGGGUAACCUUAUACAAGCUAACAUGUUGUCUUCCAUCUAUAAAGCAAACAGUCCCGUUCUGAAGCUUUUGAGCCUGCCAAUAAAUCACUGAGCUGAGCUAAGUAAUAAUCAAUUUCCUUGUUCAAAUUAGAUCGUUGGUGCGAUGUAUUUUUUGUCAAUUUGGAGUGGGUAAGGAAUUAAACAGCGUGUUUGUCCAGCCUUAUUUAACCUUACAGUAUUUUUCUGCUGCACUAACGGGUCAAUGCUUCUGCUUGAGUUUUCAGGGAUUAUCCGGUCUUAAAAUUCCUUGCAGGUAUCAUUAAAAACUACAUACUUCCAUAUUUAGUGCUAAAAGUUUUAACGUUGCGCCUAGUAUCUUGUAUGAAGCGUAUUGUCUUAGCGCAGGGGGUAAAGCAAACAGUAUAGAUUGGGCAAACAAAAGAUUCAGCAACUUAGUCCCAGUAAUAAUUCCCCAGCCUGUUAUUGUUCCAAUAUGUAUGUUCUACAAGUGUUGUUUCUUUUGUUCAAGAAGGUUGUUCGAGAUCCUGCACUGAUAGUAAUAGUAGUUCCUGAAUUCGAUUGGUGCCGAGGGUUAAGGUCAGCUAGCAUCCGCAAGUGUUUGAGUAGAGAAAGAAAACAAGUCACUGAAUGUACGUCCAAAUUAUAGUCGUUGUAUAGGUGUGUGUAUGCCACAAGUCUGCUUUAAAGGUAAUUCAUAAGUCAUUAAUUGCUUUAUAGUUAGCUAGGGUGUAUGCAUUCCCUCUAUUAUUCACAUCAGAAUGUGUAAUGUCAACGCCUAAUGAUUGAAGACACCGCGACUAACAAGUUACAGUAGUACACAAUGGAUUCAAAAAUAGAGGUAACACCGAUUGUUUGCAGUCAUCCAAUGAAAGUAGCUUUAGGCUUGUAUGUAUGCAACAAAUCUUAUUAUUUCUUCUCAAGAAGGCACACAAAGCAUCCCCUAACUGACAUGAAAGUAUGAAUCCCUGAAGAAAGCUGUGAGUUGGUAUGCAACCUUACUCGAUUGUUUAGCCAUUCUAGGAUUUUUAAUAACACAAUGUUUCCGCUCAAAUUUCACAUUCUCCAAUACUAGUGAGUUCAUUCAACACAGCUAUAGCGUUUAUUAAUGUUCUUGAACUAACACAUACCCCAUCUGCGUACAAGAUAAGUUUUAUCUCACCAGAAAAAUAUUGCAAUGGAUCUAGCCAAUAGGAUUGUGUAUGCGAAAAUGUUUCUAUUUUGUGAAAGGUAAUUUCGAGUGGUCCUUGAACAUAAAGAGUUCUACAAGCCCGAUACCAUGCAGUAAACUAUGAAGGACAGCCUAUCCUAUCCCCGUCCCACCUUACAAAAUUCCCCCGAGGUAUUAUAAUCAAAAUUGUAUAUGAAGCGUAUAUUGUCUUAGCACAAGAGUAACGGUUUAAAGCAAUGGAAAAUGCGAGCAGUGUAUUCAAAAGGAUUGAUUCUGGUAAGGGUAACCUUAUACAAGCUAACAUGUUGUCUUCAUCUAUAAAGCAAACAGCCCCCCGUUGUGAAACUUUGAGCCUGCCAAUAAAUCACUGAGCUAAGCUAAAUAAUACUCAAUUUCCUUGUUCAAAUUAGUUUGUUGGUGCGAUUAUUUUUUGUCAAUUUGGAGUGGGUAAGAUAUUAAACAGCGUGUUUGUCCAGCCUUAUUCAACCCUACAGUAUUUUUCUGCUGCACUAACGGAGAAUAGGGGUCAAUGCUUCUGCUUGAGUUUUCAGGAAUUAUCCGGUCUUAAAAUUCCUUUCAGGUAUCAUUAAAAACUACAUACUUCCAUAUUUAGUGUUAAAAGUUUUAACGUUGCGCCUAGUAUGUUGUAUGAAGCGUAUUGUCUUAGUGCAGGGGGUAAAGCAAACAGUCCAGAUUUGGCAAACAAAAGAUUCAGCAACUUAGUCCCAGUAAUAAUUCCCCAGCCUGUUAUUGUUCCAAUAUGUAUGUUCUACAAAUGGUGUUUCUUUUGUUCAAGAAGGUUGUUCGAGAUCCUAUAAUGAAACUGAUAGUAAUAGUAGUUCCUGAAUUCGAUUGGUGCCGAGGGUUAAGGUCAGCUAACAUCCGCAAGUGUUUGAAUAGAGAAAAAAAACAACUCACUGAAUGUACGUCCAAAUUAUAGUCGUUGUAUAGGUGUGUGUAUGCCACAAGUCUGCUUUAAAGGUAAUUCAUAAGUCCAAAAUCCUGUUAAUUGCUUUAUAGUUAGCUAGGGUGUAUGCAUUCUCUCUAUUAUUCUCAUCAGAACGUAUAAUGUCAACUCCUAAUGAUCUAAGAGACUCUACUAGUUGAAGAUCCGGACUAACAAGUUACAGUAGUGGAUUCAAAAAAUCUUAUUAGAGGUAACGCCUAUUGUUUGCAGUCAUCCAAUGAAAGUAGCUUUAGGCUUGUAUGUAUGCAACAAAUCCUAUAUUUCUUCUCAAGAAGGCACACAAAGCAUUCUCUAACUGACAUGAAAGUAUGAAUCCCUAAAGAAAGUUGUGAGUUGGUAUGCAACCUUACUCUAUUGUUCAGCCAUUCUAGGAUUUUUAAUGACACAAUGUUUCCACUCAAGCUUCACAUUCUUCAAUACUAGUGAGUUCAUUCACCACAGCUAUAGCGUUUAUUAAUGUUCGUGAACUAACACAUACCCCAUCUGCGUACAAGAUAAGUUACCAGAAAAAUAUAUUGCCCUUGAUCAAUGGAUCUAGCCAAUAGGAUUGUGUAUGCGAAAUUGUUUCUAUUUUGUGAAAGGUAAUUUCGAGUGGUCCUUAAUAAAGAUUGAACAUAAAGAGUUCUACAAGCCCGAUACCGUGCAGUAAACUAUGAAGGACAGCCUAUCCUAUCCCCGUCCCACCUUACAAAAUUCCCCCGAGGUAUUAUAAUCAAAAUUGUAUAUGAAGCGUAUAUUGUCUUAGCACAAGAGUAACGGUUUAAAGCAAUGGAAAAUGCGAGCAGUGUAUUCAAAAGGAUUGAUUCUGGUAAGGGUAACCUUAUACAAGCUUACAUGUUGUCUUCCAUCUAUAAAGCAAACAGUCCCGUUGUGAAGCUUUUGAGCCUGCCAAUAAAUCACUGAGCUGAGUUAAAUUUCCUUGUUCAAAUUAGUUUGUUGGUGCAAUGUAUUUUUGUCAAUUUGGAGUGGGUAAGGAGCGUGUGUUUGUCCAGCCUUAUUCAACCUUACAGUAUUUUUCUGCUGCACGAACGAAGAAUAGGGGUCAAUGCUUCUGCUUGAGUUUUCAGGAAUUGUUCGGUCUUGCAGGUAUGUCCACAUACUUCCAUAUUUAGUGCUAGAGUUUUAAUGUUGCGCCUAGUAUUUUGUAUGAAGCGUAUUGUCUUAGCGCAGAGGGUAAAGCAAACAGUCCAGAUUGGGCAAACAAAAGAUUCAGCAACUUAGUCCCAGUAAUAACUCCCCAGCCUGUUAUUGUUCCAAUAUGUAUGUUCUACAAAUGGUGUUUCUUUUGUUCAAGAAGGUUGUUCGAGAUCCUGUAAUAAAUCUGAUAGUGAUAGUGGUACGGAGUUCAGCAUUACUCCUGAUUUCGAUUGGUGCCAAGGGUUAAGGUCAGCUAGCAUCCGAAAGU